GUUCACAUACAUAUAACAGUCCUCCUCACCCAAUUUAUACCUCUAAUUCCACAUCGACACCCUCAACCCUCUCUUUCUCAAACCAACCCCCCCAAUUGACCUCCACCGAAAACAAGAAAGAGAAAAAUGGAGCCCAUCUCCCCACCCCCAACCCUAACCCACCUCUUCACACUCCGGUGCGCCGUCGACCCACCCCUCGAAAUCGGCACGGGACCGUACGGCCGUCGCCGCUGCGUGCCCAUCAAGUCUGGUACCGUGAGGGGGAAGUAUCUCGUGGGAGAGGUUGUUCCGGGUGGAGCGGAUUUUAUGCUAGUCGAAGAGAACCAGACGACGCAUGUGAAUACGAAUUAUGUGAUUAAGAGUGAGGAUGGGGCGUAUAUUUAUGUGAGGACGGAAGGAACCCGGUCCGGUCCCCCCGAAGUGCUAAAAGCGUUGAUGGAAGGCGAUGGUGUCGAUCCGGCGAGUUACUGGUUCCAUCUGCAUAUCAAACUGGAGACAGGACAUGAGAAGUACCGGUGGAUGUCAAACCGGGUGAUUGUGGGACGGGCGACGAGGGCGAAGGGGGAGGUUGCGUAUGAUGCGUAUUUCUUGGAGAAUUUGUCAUAA